CUUAAGGGACCAUUUGAGUUAACAACUCUAAUAAUUAAAGAGCUUCAUCCGACCGAGCUGCUUCAACUUGCGAACUCUGUGAAUCCCUUUCAAAUUGUUGGAACAGCAAGUUGAUGGAGUUGGAAGGUUCUAGAAAGCUAUGGCGAGUGCUGGAGUUCUACAGUGGCAUUGGUGGCAUGCGAUAUUCUUUGCUCAAAGCCGCCGUCAACGCCACCGUUGUGGAAGCUUUCGACAUAAACGACGUCGCUAAUGACGUUUACCAGCACAAUUUCGGUCACCGCCCCUUUCAGGGUAACAUUCAGACUCUGAAUGCCACUGAUCUUGACCGCUACAAUGCUGAUGCUUGGUUACUUUCUCCUCCUUGUCAGCCAUAUACUCGACAAGGACUCCAGAAAGGUUCCAGUGAUGCACGGGCAUCAUCUUUUAUUAAAAUUCUGGAACUUAUACCACAGCUAUUGCAGCCUCCAUCAUAUCUUUUUGUGGAAAAUGUUGUAGGAUUUGAGACUUCUGAUACCCAUGAGAUAUUGGUCGAAAUAUUGGAAAAGAAUAAUUUUGUUACACAAGAAUUUAUUUUGAGUCCGCUGCAAUUUGGACUGCCAUAUUCUCGGCCUCGUUAUUAUUGCUUGGCCAAAAGGAAACCUUUAUCCUUUGAAGUCCCUGAAUUUAACAAUCAGCUUCUUCGGACCCCUGGCCCUUUACUUGGACAGACUGAAAGCACAAUGGAAAAGGAACAGCUGCAAUCGGCAGAGUACUGGGAUGAGCUGCUUCAAGCUUGUCAACCUGUGGAUGAUUUUCUUGUAUUUAAAACUUUUGGCAAGGGGGAGGACUCAUCAACUUAUUCUUUCCAUGCCAAUGACUCUGCAAAAUCAGAUAGAAGUGAUGAGGAGAAUAAUGUGUACUUUGUUCCAUCAAGCUUGGUAGAGAGAUGGGGAAGUGCCAUGGAUAUUGUUUAUCCUCAUUCAAAGCGUUGCUGUUGUUUUACAAAAAGCUAUUACAGAUAUGUGAAGGGUACUGGCUCCCUGCUGGCAACUGUCCAGGAAAAGACAGAGAAAAGAACACCUUCACUGCAGGAUCUGUGUCUAAGAUACUUCACACCUAGGGAGGUUGCAAAUUUGCAUUCUUUUCCGGAAGACUUCCAGUUUCCACAACAUAUCAGUCUUCGUCAACGUUAUGCAAUGCUAGGAAACAGUUUAAGUGUGGGAGUAGUCGCUCCGCUGCUUCAAUAUCUCUUUAUCAACCCUUCAUGAUUAUGAUUAUGCUAUUAUCUGAAGCUUCAUCCGUACAAGUUUUGCUUGAUGAAAAUUCACAGCCGACACAUUUUCCCUGAACCUGAUUGUCUAGUAGGAUACACUAUAGAAAAGCAGUGCUGCACGUUAAUGCAGAAGAAUGAACUGCAGCCUUCGCUUCAAUGACUUUGGUUAAGAACAGUUAAUCCUGAUCCAAGCGAGAGGGUUACAUUUUGACUUCAGCAAACCGUGUUAAAGAGAGAGAACUGGAAUGCCCUUUCUGUGUUCUGCUCAUUGGCCUUGUGCAUAGAAUGGUUCUCACUGCACUCACAAUACUUUGAAAUGUAUAAGAUUGAAGCCAUUGCCAACAGCAAGAAUGCUGACCUAAUUUCAUAUCCAAGAUAAAGUGGGUUGGACUAUCAAAAUAGUAAAAGGUUGGAUAGAAGUAAAACAUUUGAAUUAAGCGAAAGGGGUUUCAUCAAUUCCUCAUGAAUGAAAUGAUCUAUUACUCAAUAUUGUAACUUGCAAACCUUUAGAUAAAUAUCUAUUGCAUGCAAAUCCUCAUGCCCGAA